UACAUUAGACUCUUAACCAAAAGGUUCUAUUACUGCGGUAAACAAAAAACACAAAUGGACAAGUCAACUACUGAAUUUAAUGCCGACGAGCUUCAUCCGCCAAUUUGGCUUAAUGCCACGUUCAUCGGUGGGAUUCUAAGCACCUAUGAAAACAGUCCCGAACUGAAAGUAACCGAUCUGAAAAUUACACCCGCCAGUGCCCAGGGAGAUCACUAUGCCAGCGUUAUGUUCCGAGCAACUGCCGAGUAUACCACCUCAAAGGGAAAGUUCUCCAAGCCCCUGAUCAUCAAGACGAUGCCAGAGCAGGAAGGACACAAGAAGGACAUGCUGAGCGAAUCGCAUUUGUUCGAAACCGAGAUCGGAAUGUACUGUCAUGCGCUGCCCGAGUUCGAAAGGAUUCUCCAAGAGGCAGGGGAUAAUACCAAACUCUAUGUGCCCUGCAUCUAUCACAGUCUGAAGCCGCGGCAAGUGAUGAUCUUUGAGGACCUGGUGCCGCAAGGAUACACCGUCAUCCGGGAUCGUCCUGUCACAGUGGAUGAACUUAAAUUAGUCUUCUCCAAGCUGGCCAAAUGGCAUGCAGUCAGCAUGAAAGUUAUUAAUGAGCGACCCACUUUUCUUAAGGAGUUCAAAUAUGGCCUAUUUGAAAUGCCCACCAUCACAACUGAUCCUUUCAUAACUACUGGCAUGGGGAACUUCAUUGAAAUGCUUGACAAAUUUCCUGAUUUCAGGAAGUAUAAGCCGCAUUUUGAAAAAAUAAAAGAUAACUACAUGCAAAGGCUGCAGGUUGAGAUGCAUGAAUAUCACAAAUAUCGGCGAAAUGAUAGACACUAUGUCCUGUGCCACGGCGAUUUCCAUCUCCGGAAUAUGAUGUUUAAGUAUAACAAGAAGACAGGAGCUCAAGAGGAUGCCAUGUUGGUGGAUUUUCAGUUCAGCAAUCUUUGUCCAAUUACUGUUGACCUCACUUAUUCCAUCUAUAUGUUGAUGGAGCCGGAACAGCGUUGGGAAAUGGGAAGGGACCUGAUCAACGAUUAUUUCUCGGUUUUGGUUGCAACUCUUAAGAAGAUUGGGUUCAAGGGCGACGUGCCCACCCAAGAUGGACUGUGGGAACAAAUACACCACAACAAAUACUAUGAUUUCCUUAUGAUAAGCACAUUGCUUCCAAUGAUGUUGGCCGUUAAAUCCAAUAAUCUGAAAAUUCAUGAAGCACUUCAAGACCCGGAAGCUCGAAAGAAGUCCUAUUAUUUUGACAACUAUGUAACAGAUGUUUCUAAGCUAUUGCCCAAAUUUGAAAAAUUGGGAUACUUUAAGGAUCUUUAGUUUAAAUGUUAAUAAAUACAUUUGCUCAGAAAAUAAAAGUUAAACUCAGA